CGGAUUCUAAUGAACGUGUAGAAUCACUGAGGACAACACAAUGCGUGCGGGACUUUUAUUGCUGGUUGCUUCUACAGCAUACAUCGCUUUAGCGGUGCCAUUGGAGGAUGUGGUCGGCGUGGAGAAGACUUACCCGCGUUUCAUCGAGGUCCCUGAUGGCGAGGGCAACAUGCAGCCCGUAGACUUGGAGGCGGAGCCUGACUUUGAAUUCCUGUCUGAACUUGAGAGGAACCCCAAUAACAACGAGUACUUUUUGUACACAAGACGUAACCAGAAUAUAGCCCAGACUUUGACUUUGAACAAUGCCAACUCCAUCCGCAACUCGAACUACAACGCUAACGUGCCCACCGUCGUGAUCGUCCACGGCUGGCUCAGUAACCGCCUUACUGAACCUAACCCGACAGUCAGGAGAGCUUACCUCGCGAAGAGUGACGUGAACGUAAUCUCUGUGGACUGGAGACGUUUGGCUGCGUCCGACUACACUACCGCAGCUCGUGGUGUGCCUGCCAUGGGUCGCGGUAUUGGACAGUUCAUCAGAUUCUUGAUCAAUACCGCUGGGGGAGACUUGAGCAACUUCCACCUCGUUGGGUUCAGUUUGGGUGCUCACGCUGUCGGUAACGCUGGUAGGGAAUUGGGAGGAAGAGUUGCACGUGUCACAGGUCUUGACCCUGCUGGUCCUCUAUGGAACUACAGCAACAACAGGCUUAACAGCAACGACGGAGUAUACGUCGAGGCCAUCCACACCGACGGCGGUAUCGGCGGUCUGGGCAUCGGGUCUGCUAUCGUCGACGUUGACUUCUUCCCCAACGGUGGAAACUCUCAACCUGGUUGCCUGACCAGCUAUUGCAACCACAUGCGUGCUUGGGAACUGUUUGCUGCCACCGUCACCCAUAACCACUUGGUUGGAAACCAGUGUACUAGCACUCUGCAGAUCACUGCUAACACCUGCCGUGGCGCUUCUCUCCAUAUGGGCAAUGAUGACUUAAGGAAGACUGGACGCGGUAUGUUCCGAGUUAACACUGGCAGAAGAUACCCCUACUAAAUGACUACAUUCCAAGUUAUGAUGACUCUGUACAUAAUGUAAAUAAAUGAAAAUCGACUGUUCA